AUUUAACGUAGAACCAAUAAUUCUUUUAAAAUGUUGACCUUAUAGGUAAUUUCGUCUCAAACUCUGUUAUAUACAAUUUGAGUGUCGAACAUCAUUAAUCAAAUAUUUAUUUACAUAUUAGUAUAUCAUUAAGUAGAACAAUGUUUUCAAACUUAUUGUCUGUGGAUAAAAAUCAGCCAAAAGGACAUACUCGUGUUCCUUCUAGCACAGACUUGAAAGAAUUCAAGGAACUUACUCAACGUGAUUCAUUGGUGCAAUUAGAAAAAGAAAUUGUGUCCUUACUUAAGACUACACCUGAGGAUAAAAAAGAGUUAGCCAAAUCUCAAUUUACAGCAUUUUCACGUUUAUUCCAGCGAUUUUUGGAAGAAUCUGGCCCAUCAGUUGAUUGGGAUAAAAUCGAAAAAUUACCGGCUGAUGCUAUCAGAGAUUAUGAUACACUAUCCAAACCAAGUCCUGAUGCUAUUCAUAAAAAACUUGAAAAAUUGGUGGUGGUUAAGCUUAAUGGAGGUCUUGGUACAUCUAUGGGGUGUCGUGGUCCAAAAUCAGUAAUACAAGUUAGAAAUGAUCUUACUUUCCUCGACUUAACAGUACAACAAAUUGAACAUUUAAAUAAAAAAUAUAGUGUAAAUGUGCCAUUGGUUCUAAUGAACUCAUUUAAUACUGACAAAGAUACUGAACAAAUUAUUCGAAAGUACAAAGGACUUCAAGUAGAGAUAUACACUUUUAACCAAAGCUGUUUUCCACGAGUUUCUAAAGAGUCGUUGUUACCAAUUGCACAAAAUUGUGAUAUUGAAGGCAACAUUGAAGCAUGGUACCCACCUGGUCAUGGAGAUUUUUAUGAUAGCUUUAAGAAUUCAGGAUUAUUGCAAAAAUUUAUUGAUACAGGUCGAGAUUAUUGUUUUAUUUCAAACAUAGAUAAUUUAGGUGCAACUGUUGAUUUAAAUAUUCUCAACAUGUUGUUGGGUCCUGAAACUAAUUCCCCAGAAUUUGUAAUGGAAGUUACCAAUAAAACAAAAGCUGAUGUUAAAGGUGGUACAUUGAUUCAAUAUGAGAAUAAAUUGCGGUUGUUAGAAAUUGCACAAGUUCCCAAAGAACACCUGGAGGAGUUUAAGUCUGUUAAGAAAUUUAAGUUUUUCAAUACAAACAAUCUCUGGAUAAAGCUCAACGCUAUAGAAAAAGUUUUGAAUGAAGGAUCAAUGAAUUUGGAAAUAAUUGUCAACAAUAAGACUUUAGAUAACAAUUUAAAUAUAAUUCAGCUUGAAACAGCUGUUGGUGCAGCUAUGAAAUCAUUUAAUGGCGGUCUUGGUAUAAAUGUACCUCGUAGUCGUUUCUUGCCAGUAAAGAAAACUUCAGAUCUUUUAUUGGUGAUGAGCAAUUUAUAUCACAUGCGAAAUGGAUCACUGUCUAUGAGUCCUUUAAGAAUGUUUCCAACAACUCCAUUAGUAAAACUUGGUGAUAAAGAUUUUGCUAAAGUUAAAGACUUUUUGUCUCGGUUUGCCACCAUCCCUGACAUACUAGAAUUGGAUCAUUUGACAGUAUCAGGCGAUGUAACAUUUGGUCGUAAUGUUUCAUUAAAAGGCACUGUUAUAAUAAUUGCAAACCAUGGAGAUAGGAUAGAUAUUCCAUCAAAUGCAACACUAGAAAACAAAAUUGUGUCAGGAAAUCUCAGAAUAUUAGACCAUUGAAGAAAUACCACAAUUUUACUACUUAUUGUUUGUAGAUGCAUGUAUAUGAUUUUUAAUUAUAAAAAUAUUAUUUUAGGUA